UGUCGUGUCAGUCGUGUGCCGUUCUUUGCGUCAAAAUGUCUUCCCGUCAAUCGUUUCUCUCGUAGUCGUAAAUAUAUGUUGUAUGUGUGAUGUUGUUUCGUUUAUGUGUACAAAAAGAACGAAUGUAAUUUGCCAAUUAAUUAUUGAAUUCGGGAUAUUACAACAAUAUUUGUUUCUGUUCAUCUGUCGGUUUAACUUUGGAGAAAAAAAUAAUCAAACUUAAAUCAGCUGUGCAUACUGAAAGGAAAUACCGAUUUUUUCAUCACUUUGAAACAUCGACAUCGAAAUAAAGACUGAGUAUGGUGUGAUUUUAACGAAUUAAAAAAGGAAAUGAUGAUUAAAUAAAAAAAAAGCGAAAAGGUCAAGCAAAUGUACGAAAAUAUAUUGAAAUAACUGAAACUCAAAUAAAUUUGUGCAAGAGUGAAAAUUCAGAAUUGAGUUCUUAUUCGGCGAAUGAGAUACCAAAAUUGAGUGCAUGUGUAAAUAGAAAAACAGAGGUACCAAGACAAUUGAAAUAUAUACAUAUAUCGACAUCGAUAAAACUGUAUCAAACAAUCGCAACUUGUGUACGUUUGAGUGGUGUGUCGGGGCCGAUGCCAAUGAAAAUCAAGCAAACAAAAAUACACGUAUAAUAAAUAUACAAAAAAAAAUCGCGAAUCAGCGAAUUUGACUGUUUAGUGGCAACGACAAGGAUUUUUCACUCAAAAUUUAUCAGCAAUUUUUCUUUUGCACUGUGAAAACUAAUUUGCGCAAACUAUCAUCAACGACGGUAAUAUUUUCAGGAAGAAAAUAUCCUUAAGUUUUUGUACAAGGCGAUAGUAUAGAAAAUAAAUCAAAAAGUUUUCAUUCGAACCGGAGAAGAAAAAACAAAUAAAACAAGAGACGAUGGCAGGUGCAUAUGAUCAUUUGUUCAAGCUGCUCAUAAUCGGAGACAGCGGAGUUGGCAAGUCAUCUUUACUGCUUCGCUUUGCGGAUAACACAUUUUCAAAUAGUUAUAUAACGACAAUAGGUGUCGAUUUUAAAAUACGAACCGUUGAUAUUGAAGGGAAACGUGUCAAACUGCAGAUAUGGGACACAGCGGGCCAGGAGCGUUUUAGAACUAUCACUAGCACGUACUACAGAGGCACACAUGGUGUUAUUAUAGUAUAUGACGUCACAAACGGUGAAUCAUUUGCCAACGUGAAGCGCUGGCUUCAAGAAAUUGAACAUAACUGUGAUGUCGUCAAUAAAGUUUUAGUUGGUAAUAAAAACGAUGAUCCAAACCAGAAAGUGGUCAUCACUGAGGAUGCACAGCGCUUUGCCAAACAAAUGGACAUUCAAUUGUUCGAAACAUCAGCCAAAGACAACCUGAAUGUAGAAGAAAUGUUUCUUGCAAUUACAAAAAAAGUAUUGUACCACAAACUGCAAUCCGUUCAAAAUAAGCAAGAAAAUGACGAACCAAUCAAAGUAGGCAAGAAAGGAUUGUACAAAAAGAAGAGCAAAUGUUGCUAACAACCUUACACAAUACAGUACAGCACACACACAAACACUCAUACAGUCAUGGUGUAUAUUACUACGCACUAAGAGAAAUAGAUAAAGAGAAUAAAAAGAAGAGAAAAUGCAAACGACACAUCUACAUUAAAAUCCCAUAACACACAGGAACACUUUCCAUAACAUUCAGUAUAUACAUAUUUUUUGGCAUUUAGAACAACGAGUGCAAUAGCAACAAAUUUAGACAAAAAAAAAACAGUGAAAUAGAGGGAAAGAAACAGAAGAAUAUUUUUUGAACAGAAUCCAAUCAACAUAUUUUGAUCCGUUAAGAGAAUGGACAUAUCGAGAUUUGUAAUUUUGUGUAGAAUUGUAACAAUUGAACAAAUUUAACGAAUACACCGUUGGAUUAGAAAUGAGAGAAGAGAGAAAAAAACCACCGGCAUUGACAAAAACAUUGCUUCAAUGGUUCAAUAUAGGCAGUAAACAAGUAUUUAUUCAAUUAGCGUGAGUUGUGAGUUUUUGAAUGAAUUGUUUUUUUUAUAAAGUACAUUUUUGAUCAAAAAGAUUUUCAAUAUAAAAGUCUGAAUCAUGGCAGUUAUACACAUAAUUCAAGUAACAUACAUUUCGUAUGCAUUUUUUUACGUUCAACUGUCAUAAUUCACACUAUACGCAAUCUUCUCUGAAAUGGCCAAAAUGCAUGUACAUUGUACAAUUCCUUCCGAGGGGCAGUUCAAUGCACUUUAACAUUGAGAGACGAAUUCUAAAAUAAAGUACAAAAAUUGUAUAAACGCAAUAAAUUGCCUACUCAAACAUACAAAGAGCAAAACCAUCGCAAUAAACUCCGACUCCGAUCGUUACUAUUAAUAUUAUUAUAACAAACAACCAUAAAGACGGUGGGCCAAUCACCUUCAGUCAAUAAUAUACCCAAUUGAUUCUAUUUUGGCUGCAUUUAUUCCCAUUUAAAAUAACCUAAUACAACUUGUAUGCUGACAUUUCGUAAACUAUAACUAGUUCGCAUUAUAAAUAAAUUUAUCACAUUUUAAAGGUUUCUUUCGUAUUCAUUUUGGUUUUUAAACAUUAAAAUUGUAAAUUAUAAAAUUUUCCGAGCAAAAAAAUUGUCGUGAAUACUAUAAAAUUGUAUGUGUAUGUGUAUACUGUAUUCAACUCACUCUAUCUGCCAUAUAUUUGAUAAACGUAUUCUGCACACUGAAUUUUUCAUUCAGUAAAUAUCACUUACGAAACAGGUGGACAAAAUAUAUCAAUAAUUAAAUUGGAUAUGCUUUCCCAGAGAAAAAUUAAAUUUAUAUCAUUACUUCCAAUACAAAACCUACUUCCAAAUUAAUCACUCUUGCAAUUUAUUUAAUACAAAAUCACGAAUUUUGAUAUAUCGAAAAUUAAAUUAUUUUGCGUUUAGAUAUGUUAUGUUGUUUGCCACAAAAUCCUAAUUUAUUUAUUUCGUUUGUGCAUUCUUUUUUUGUUCUCGUAAAAAGUAAUCAUAAUAGCGGAACUACUCUAUGACGUUUUACUCCGACUUAUCAUUUUUAGG